AUGAACAACGCCGAGCUGGCAAGCCUGGACGCGUCCACUUAUGCUGGCAGUCAGGAUGAUCCCCCACCACCUUACACUGGAGGAAUAGCCUCUGGCUCUUCCACGGCCGUCUCAUCACUGGCCCCAAGCGCCUCCAGGGCCGACACCGGUUCUCAAAUGUCCUCAAGCCAGACCCUGGUGAGCGAGUGCAUUAGGACGCCCUACCGUCCUAUACCGCGCAUGCUCAAGGUUUCCUGGCAGUGGAACAAGUGGCGCAUCUUCUUUAUUGGUGAUGAAGCUACCCCAAAGAUGUUUGCCGUCUCAGAGUACUCUGGUCUGCUUGGCCGUGGGCCCGGCGCCGGGCCCUGCCUGAUGCUACAUGACGGAACUACCGGCAAGGACCCUAUACUGGCGGCCGCUGGAGAUGCGUUACGGGAUUCCUGCGAUCAAUCUAGCAACCUGGAGAGCGUUGUCAACGUCUCUGCGCCGCCUUGGUUGGAAGACGAAGCCAAAGUCGUGACGGAGAUUAUGUACACUGGGCUAGCGGAAACCGAGGAGGUGGUCCAUUUCAGAUGGGAGAUCGAGACAAAGCGAGAAACGGUUCAAGGGACGUCGUAUUUGCGCGAGGAGUUUGAAUGGCGAAUGGUCUCAGCGGAUGUGAUAACUGAUCCCAAAUAUCCCCACCAAUUCAGAUUGUAUCGUGUUGGGGAAUCGUUACCGGGCCAAGAAGGGUACCUCGCGACGGCGUCGUGGAAGGAAGCAGCGUGGAAGACGUGUAGAAUCGAAUUUGAAGGCGGCUACGAGAACCUGGGAGAGCGAUGGGGCACCAUGGUUGUCAUGACGGCGCUGAGGAUCUGGCAACUUGGUCGGACAGGACAAGCAUCUCUGGAGUAUGUGGCUGACUGUUUUCACUUUACUAAAGAAUAA